AUGGCCACCUCCGCCCCGGCGAGGGUCCUCCCCAGCCUCCUCCCCGACGGCUCCGGAGGCGGUGACGACGCCGGCAUCUACGCGUGCCUGUUCGACAUGGACGGGACGCUGUGCGACACCGACCCUCUCCACCACGAAGUCUUCUCGAAUCUCCUCCUGGCGCACGGCAAGAACGGCGGGGUGCCCAUCGACGACGACUUUUUCCACAAGCACAUCGCCGGACGAACCAACGAGGACAUCUUCGCGGACCUGUGGCCGGAGCUGUCCGUCCCCGAGCGCGAGGCGAUGUGGGAGAAGAAGGAGGAGGACUUCCGCGCGCUCGCCGCGACCAAGCUGCGAAGGCUCCCGGGUCUCACCGAGCUCCUGGCGUGGAUCGACGCGAGGGGCAUCCGAAAGGUGGCGGUGACCAACGCGCCGCGUCCGAACGCGGAGCUCAUGCUCACCUCGCUCGGUCUGGAUGGGUACUUCGAGCACGUGGUCAUCGGGACGGAGUGUACAAAGGCGAAGCCGCAUCCGGACCCGUACCUCGAGGGCAUGCGCCUUGUUGGAGCGGUCGACGCGAGCCGAUGCGUGGCGUUUGAGGACAGCCCCGCAGGCGCCGCCGCCGCGGUGGCCGCGGGGAUACCCACGGUUGGGGUGACGACGUCCCAGCCGUCGAGCGCGCUGGAGGGUGUCGGGGUGAGUCUGUGCGUGAAGAACUUCGCGGAGGAGCGGCUGAUGCUGGCGCUGGAGUCUCGAGGAAGCAGGGAGGAUGGAAGUGGCGCGUAA